AAACAAUGAGAGGCUGAGGGUGGAGCGGAGAGAGUGGGAGAGACUUCCCAAGCGAACAGCCUCUUCAGUGAGGGGAGGAGCAAGAGGAAGCAGCAAACCUUAUAAACGCAGAAUGCCAAAUGGGGAAACAGAGGGAGAGACAGCGAGAGACAACAAGAAUGGCAUCAUAAAUACCUGGUGGUACAUCUGGUAUGGAAGCCACGACUAGCGACAUUCAGGCCAUUGUCCAGUUAUUGAAGAACUCCGUUGUGGAAAAGUUGAAUCGCCCGCUGCAUGUUUAUCACGCGAUCUCAUAUCGGUCUCAAGUGGUGGCUGGAAUGAAUUACUUCAUUAAGGUUGUGAUUGGGGAUGCUGAUGAUUACAUACACAUACGGGUGUUCCAGCCACUGCCCUCUUCUGAUGCCAAACUGUCCCUGGAAAAAAUCCAAACAAACAAGAAACUGUUUGAUGAGCUGGAGUACUUCUAGGACAGGCCCAGAGCAUCUCUUGUGUCUCCCUCCCCUCACGGUCAAACGAUGUUUGUAAAGAAAUUCCCUGCCUUUUCCUUCUAUUUUCAUCCUGACCACUGUACUGUCCCUGCCUCACAGCUGCCCCCACCCCAAAUAGACUGAAGUGAUUUAAGAAGGCAGCUCACCAUUAGCUUCUUCAGGCUAACUAUUAAUGGAGCAAUAAAAUGCUAGUUCUGCAUUUAAUGCUAAUGCUGCAUGGGAUAAGUGAUUCCAACUCAAAAAGCCCUAUUCACCCUUAACACAAAACAUCUCCAGCAAGAAAAGGCUUAAUGCUAUUCUCAUAGAAUCUUGCUUUGUGCAAAAAUGCCCCAGCCCCUAAAACUCACUAAAGGAAAUUUGAAGACCUGAACAGCUCAAGCCGGCAAUGGAAACCCCUCAUCCCCGUGACUGGGCUAUUCAACUGUAAUUGCAUUGCACAGCAGUCAAUAAAAGAAUUUUGAAGCA